UGUGGAAUUUCAUUGGCCUUGGAGAGAAGCAGCUGUCUCUGGAGAUUGGGGACACAGUCCACAUCCAGGAGACCUGCGAAGGCUGGUAUAAAAGGCUACCUGGUCAGGAACAAUGAUCGACAGGGCGCGUUCCCAUCCAGCAUUGUGCAGCUGAGGAAGGUCAUCAUUGAAAAGCGAGGGGAUCAGGAGGUGGUGUUGUCAGCAGAGAUGCCCCUAGUGAAGGAGGUGACCACCACUCUGAGGGAGUGGGGAAGCAUCUGGAAACAGCUCUACGUGGCCAAUAAGAAGAACCGUGUGGUGCAGGUCCAAGGGCUGAUGUGGGAUUUGAUGGAAUGGCGUUCCCAGCUCUUGUCUGGCACGUUGCCUAGCGACGAGUUCAAGGAGCUCAAACAGAAAGUCACCUCCAAGAUCGACUAUGGCAACAAGAUCUUGGAGUUGGACCUGGUGGUGCGGGAUGUGAACGGGAACAUGCUGGACCCGGAAAACGCCAGCGUGAUUAGCCUGUUCCGAGCCCACCAAGACGCCACCACCAAGAUCAACGAACGCAUCAAAGAGGAACAGGUCAGACAGAGAUCCAACAUUCAGACGGACCACUCAGUAAUCUCGGCCCGGAUCCAGUCCUCUCCCACUCACAGCCUCUAUGUCUUUGUCCGGAACUUUGUCUGUCGGAUCGGAGAGGAUUCUGAACUCUUCAUGUCCCUCUACGACCCCAACAAGCAGACCAUCAUCAGUGAGAACUACCUGGUUCGCUGGGGCAGUAAAGGCUUUCCUAGGGAGGUUGAAAUGCUGAACAACUUGAAGGUGGUCUUUACAGACUUGGGUAAUAAGGACUUGAACAGAGAGAAGAUCUACCUGAUCUGUCAGAUAGUGAGAGUGGGUCGUAUGGAACUGAAGGAGACCAACACCAAGAAGUGUACCCAGGGCCUCCGCAGGCCCUUUGGAGUGGCAGUGAUGGACAUCAGUGAUAUCAUCAAAGGAAAGAUAGAGUGUGAUGAGGAGAAGCAGCAUUUCAUCCCUUUCUUUCCGGUCGUGGCAGAGAAUGACUUCCUUCACCCCCUGCUGAACAAGGUGACAGCGUCACGAGGAGACAGUGGAGGACAAGGUCUAUGGGUGACGAUGAAGGCCCUGGUGGGUGACAUCGUCCAGAUCCGUAAGGAGUAUCCCCACCUGGUGGACCGCAGCACGGUGGUGGCCCGUAAACUGGGCUUCCCAGAGAUCAUCAUGCCGGGGGACAUCCGCAACGACAUCUACCUGACGCUGGGCGGGGACUUUGACAAGUACAACAAGACCAGCCAGAAGAACAUGGAGGUUAUCAUGAUGGUGUGUGACGAGGAGGGCAAGAUUGUGUCGAACUCUAUCUGUCUGGGAGCGGGGGAUCGACCGCUCAACGACUACAGAUCUGUCAUCUACUACCAGGUCAAACAACCACGCUGGAUGGAGACGUUCAAGGUCAGCGAGUGUGUGUGUCUGUGUGUGUGUGUUUGAAUGAUAAGUUGUGUCUUAUGGUGUGUAUUCUUGUGCACGUUGAUCAGCUGUUUCCCUCUGUAUACAACACGUAACACUUAACACGCUCUGUUAGUGUGUAACA